CUUCCUCCACGUGGUCUCGGCACCAAACUAUCCAUCGACUCCCGCCCGGAACAGUCGUUUGUCAACACAGUCGUGCAGCUGAGCGUGCCUUUGUGUUCUCUUCACCCUCUUUUACCAGAAUGGCAGCAAAUAUAAACGACUCGGACACGGACGAUAUUCCUUCCAGCGCGGAGGAGCUCGAGAGAGCUUUGUGUGUGUUGGCUGGAAGCGACCCAGAAAACUGCUCUUAUUCUCGGGGCUAUGCAAAGAGACAGGCUGUAUUUGCAUGCAACACCUGCACUCCAAAUGUUGCAGAACCUGCUGGGGUUUGUUUGGCCUGUGCCAAUAAAUGCCAUGAUGGACAUGAUAUCUUUGAACUGUACACCAAAAGAAACUUUCGCUGCGACUGUGGAAAUGGCAAGUUUGGGGAAUUCAAGUGCCUGCUAAUUCCCGCCAAAGAUGAGGACAACGUUAGAAAUCACUACAAUCACAACUUCAAUGGCUGCUACUGCUCGUGUGACCGGCCGUACCCAGACACAGACGAUCAGGCCAACGAUGAGAUGAUUCAGUGUGUCAGCUGUGAGGAUUGGUUUCAUAGCAGGCACUUGGGCUGCACUACAGUGGACCCUGAGGAGCUGCAAGAGAUGAUAUGUGAGGCCUGCAUGAACAAGGUCCCUGUCUUGUGGACGUAUGCUGCUCACUUUGCAGUUUCCCUUGUGACCAGCGUCAGUCCUCCUGAGGAGGAGGAGGAGGAGGAGAAGAAAAAGGAGGAGGAGGAGGAGGAGGAGGAGGAGGAGGUGGUGGCGACGACGACGACGACGACGGCGGCGGAGGAGGAGGAGGAGGCAGAAGAGGCAGAAGAAGAAGUCGGAGCAGGAAAGGAAGAAGCCUCUGAGCUCAGUCAAAGUGGGGAUGAGAAACCAUCCACCAGUGCUGAGCACACAAAGCCGCAGGAAGUGGCAAACGGGAGUUCCCCUUGCAAACGGACCCACGAGGAAAUGUCAGGCAGCCCUGCAAAGGCCGUGUCCCAAACCUUUGUCUGCAGGCUGAAGGAGCUGCAAGCCAAGGGGCUGGAGAGGCGGAGACAGGGAGCGGUGUUCUGGCCUUACAGCUGGCGUGCCGAGCUCUGCACCUGCAUGAGCUGCAAGAGGGUCUAUGUGGCUGACGAGGUGCAGUUUCUUAUGGAUCAGUCAGACACCAUUCUGGCCUAUGAGAACAAAGGCUUGGAUGAGCCGUUUGGGCAGCACCCGUUGAUGGCACUGACAAACUCCAUGGACCGUGUACAUCAGCUGGAGGUCAUUUACGGAUUCAACGAGCUGACGACCUCGAUCACUGCGUUUUUAGACCAGUGUGUUGCUGAAGGAAAGACAGUCACAGUUGAAGCUGUACAUGAGUUCUUCGAGGAGCUGCGGGCCAGAAAGAGGCAAAGGACCAAUGCAGCAUACCAGUAACGAGGAGGCCAUGCUGCUUUCAUAUGCCUGGUUUAUAUGGUGCUUUGUAUGAACGUGACUUAGAUUAACCUUUUUGUUGAAUAAAUGGGCUUCUUGCUGCAACCAAUGUGAUCCUAAAGCGCAAAGUGUACCAACUUGUUACUUUUCAAGUGAAGGAGUGAGAUUGUUCGGGUAAGUGUUUCGUGUCCGAUUGUUUUUAUUGAUGUAUAAUAAUGCCUUAACGCUAAAGCUCCAAAUGAAUGUGACUUGAAACAUUUCAGCACGGUAUGAUUUAAAUUGUUACAUUGCUACAAUGUUAUGUACAUCACAUGAACAUGUCCAGUUUGUAAUUAUGACCGAGUUAAAUACCAGUGUGUUUAAAUUCUUUGGUGGGGACUAGUUAAGUCAAACUUGUGAUGUGAACAAAUACUGUUUUAAAUGGAUUCAGGUUCCAAAUAAAGUUAUCACAUUUCUA